UGAAACACAUUUUCCCUCACAUUACACUGACUGAACAUCAUUCAUAACGUUAAGUGGAUCUUAAACCAGUCGCCCACCCUAAUAUAUAAAGAUUAACUCUUUAGAAAACGGCGGGCUCGCUGUAAAGUGAACUGUCUGUGAGUGUUUGCGGCAGACUGAGCGUGUGCCUCACUUGGCGGUGGACCGGAGCAGCGAAACCCCUCUGCGCCUUCACUCCACAGGAAUCCCACCGACGCACCUCUUGCGGCUGGAUUUUCUCCUCCAAGACAGAUAGCAGGAAGGGGACAUCCAAUUCCCACAGUGAGCGCGAAUCUCUGCCCCAAGUACCGGGAGGAACAGAUUGCUCUGGCACCAUUCUCUUAAUUUUAAAUCAACAGCUGCUGGGAGCCAUGAGUGCGUGCAGCAGGAAGGCUCUGACUUUACUCAGCAGUGUCUUUGCAAUCAGCGGCUUGGGGUUGCUGGGAGUGGCCGUGAGCACAGAUUACUGGCUGUACCUGGAGGAGGGCGUCAUCCUGCCCCUGAACCAGAGCGUCGACAUUAAGACUUCCCUGCACUCAGGCCUGUGGAGAGUCUGCUUUCUGGCUGGUGAUGAGUCAGGCCGCUGCUUUACCAUCGAGUACAUCAUGCCUAUGAACAUCCAGCUGACGUCAGAGUCCACUGUGAAUGUGCUGAAGAUGAUCCGCUCAGCUACGCCAUUCCCUCUGGUCAGCCUGUUCUUCAUGUUUAUUGGGUUUGUUCUCAACAACAUCGGGCACGUUCGUCCUCACCGCACCAUCCUGGCAUUUGUCUCCGGAAUCUUCUUCAUCCUCUCAGGACUGGCUCUGGUGGUGGGCUUGGUGCUGUACAUCUCUAGUAUAAAUGAUGAGAUGCUUAACAGGACCAAGAGCAGCGAAACUUAUUUUUCCUAUAAGUACGGCUGGUCCUUUGCCUUUGCUGCCCUCUCCUUCUUGCUCACUGAGAGCGCAGGGGUCAUGUCUGUCUACCUGUUCAUGAAGCGCUACACAGCGGAGGAGAUCUACCAACCGCGCCACCCCAAUUUCUAUCGCCCUCGUCUCAGCAACUGCUCCGACCACUCUGGUCAGUUCCUCCACCCUGAGGCCUGGUCACGCGGGCGGAGCCCUUCAGACAUCUCGAGUGAAACUUCCCUGCAGAUGAGCACCAGUUACCCUGCCCUCCUCAAGUGUCCCGACUAUGACCAGGUUUCCUCCUCACCCUGCUGAGCGGUGGGUCACCACAGCGAUGAGCAAACGAGGUCAAAGGCCAGCGAGUUUUCUUUUCAAGUUAAGACACACGUCAGAUGUUCAGCUGUGAGACUGAGCCUUUUUUACUUUGGCCAAAGGAUAAGAGGCUGUUGUAGUCAUCUAUCAGGUCAGAAGAGCAUUUUUUGGAAAAUGAUUGCAGUAGAAACUACAGUUUCUUUCCUAGUAGAUGCAAAGUCUGCGCAUUUUUAAAGCUGCACCAUCAUUUUGUUCUGCAAAGAUCUCAAAAGUUUGAAGUCUGUUUGCUGAAUUUUUAUAUUUUUUACAGCAUACAAAAUGCCUUUUAACUUUGAUUUGCAUUUUGAUUUAUUUGUAUCAACUUUUAGUGCCUCCUGGACAAAAUAUAUCUUUAACAUUUCUUAAUCUCUUGGUUCUAGAACUAGAUUGUGGCAGUAUUUAUGUAUCCCUUCUAUUAAUGUGAGAAUAAGAAAUAUAUUGAUAUUUUACUGACUGAUAAUGAUAAUAAUAAUAAUACUGUGGGGGGAAACUUAUUUCUAAAAAGGGUGCACAGCUAAAGAAGAUGUCUUUUUAAAGCUGGAGUCACAUGUCACCCAUCACAAUGCUCAGUAUGGCCAAAGUAAAAUGUAAAAUACUUUGUAGUCUUUAACAUUCUGUAUACAUCUAACUGAACUUAAGUCUAUGUUUAAUAUGUUAUCGUUGGUAUUGCUGUGUAUCCAAACCUUAGUCCUCAAGGCACACUGUCCUGCAUGUCCUACAAGUUUCCUGUGACAGCACACCUGAUUCAAGGGAAAGGGGUCAACCUUCUGCAAGGCUUAAAGAGCUGAAGAGUUCACUUGGCUUUUAAAUCAGUUGUGCUGGAACAGGAAAGCUUGGUAAACAUGCAGAGAAUUUUGCCUUGCUAACCAGGGUCCUUGUGUGGUAUCUGCACUUUGUUUUUUUUCGCUGUGGUAAAAAUAAAUUAAGAUCAAAUUGUUUGCACUACAUAAAUGUCACCUUUUCCACAAAGCAGAUAUGUCCCAUAUAAAGUCAAUACUAAUAACUUUCAAGGGAAAAAAUACUCACAAUUUCAGCUGUGAUUCUGGUAAUCGGCAUUUCAGCAGAUGCUAAAUAUGACAAGUCUUCAGUGGAAACAGACGUAAGACAUCCUACUCAAAAGACAAAUCACUGUCAAAUCAUAUGCACAUGCAUUUGAUUCAUGUACAACCUAUUUCUAUAUGUACAGAUAUUCUACAUGAUAUGAAUUAUUUCCAUUGAGAUGACGAUGUAUAACAUGUGCUAAAGUUUGAGUGUGACUGAUGGUGUAGCUACUGUGCUGUAGCAUAAGAGGUUUUUGCUUUAACAUUAAAUGAGCUGUACAAUAAAUGAUUACCAUCCAACAGAGACAAGUUGUGCCCUGUUUUCAACUUUAAAACUGUAAUUUAACAGCUGUAAUUCUUCAUGCAUCCACUAGAAUGCAGUGCUUGUGUUGUUUAAGAGUGAACAUCUCAAGUCUUUUUUUUUCUUGAAAUUAUAAUGUAAUCCUCUACAUGAGGGGUGUUCAACUCCAGCCCUUGAGGGUCACUGUCCUACAGCCAUUACUAGGGCCCCAUUCUGACUGAGUGGCAAAAAUAAUUUUAUGCAA